AGGCCCAAGAUACUCGAGGACUUCGUCGUCUUCGGCGAUCAGCAGUUGGGCAUAUCACAAGGUCAAGGGAGGCACCUGGUUAUCUCGUGCAUGAAGUCUGAGGAGUUGGACGAGCACCAGCACAUCAUGGCGAGCAUGGCGCAGGAAGUAUCCGAUCAUCUUCGGCGGAUGGACAGACGUUAUCUGAAUUGGUCAACCACCGAGGCGCACUGGGUCCUGCCGGGUCACUUCAAGGAGCAUUGCACCUUCUACUUCGACCUGGAGAGCGGCGACGACGGCAUCAUCAAGUACUGGGACUUCGUCGAGGAGGCCGACAUGAUGGAGUCCAGAUCGCUCAUUAACAGCAACUGCUUCAAGGCCGUGCAUCAGAAUUACAUGGGCUCCUCCAGCGUGAUCGACGCGAUGCGGGCCAGGCGCUGGGAGAGUAUAUACUGCGAUAAGAACGAG